UUAUUAUAUAGCUGCGGUGAACGGUGGAUCCGGGACGGUCUGAUUCGCGCUGAGAUGCCAGUUUAACUAGGCUUUUUUUUUAUUUAGUUAAAUCAUUUGUGUAAAAACUGUGCCGAGUGAAAUUACGCCCCGAGUUCGCGUGGAACCAGCACCGGAGCGCUUCGGCUUCCCGCAAAAGCGGCGAGCAGCCCAAUAAAAAAAAUGUGAAUUGUGCAGCCAAACAGCAAGUGAAAUUAAAAAAGCAAUAUAAAAACUAGUGCCUGUUAUUAUCCCCGGACCUGUGCUAUACGGUGAGCGGGCGAUACCGCCAUUGCCGCCCCACCAUCCGCUGAGCCCUGCGAUGGCCUCCCUACAUUCCAGUUGGCGUUUUGGCAAGAGAAGCAAACUACAAUUACGCAUUAAAGUUUCACAAGAUCCGGAGGAUUUCUAUCGUCUGGAUCCCACACGAUCGGCGGCGGAGAAUGCCUUUGACAUCUACUCGAUGCUCUGCCGGGAGGAGACCCGUGACACUAAGCGCCUGUUCCUGCUCAAUGCCCUGGCCUCGCUCUGCCUGGCCGCCCGCAAGGGAUCGCAUCACAGCAAUCUGCGCUUUAGCACGGAGGAGCUGCUCUACUGCCUUAGUGCAUCGCUGGUGCACACGUUCACCCAAGUGAGGGCGGCGGCAUUGCGCACCAUCCGCUAUGCUUUGAGCACGCCCAAUGACAUAAAGGCCUUCAACUCCCUCCAGCUGCAGCAUUUGCUGUGUCGCUCCAUUGACCUGAUGCUGAAGAACGACGAUGAGCGGGUGCAGGCGCUCAAGCUGGUGCGCAAGAUGCUGGCCAUUGCCCCCGAGGACAUCAGUCCGGUGGUGGUGCGAUGCCUCGUCUCGCUGGCGGACAGUGGCAUCGAGGAGAACGACAAUCUGCUGCGUGCCUGUCUGGCCACACUGGCCGAAAUUGCUGUCCUCAAUCCCGCCCUGCUCAUCGUAUGCGGCGGCGUCACCUCCAUAACCCGCAAUGUACUCGAGUGCCACAAUCCCCGCAUCGCAGAGAGCCUCUGCGGCGUUCUGCUCUACCUGCUCGAGUGGCCGCAAACGCGGAACAUGUGCGGCGUGCGCCUCGAUUGUCUAGCAGCGCCCUACUGCGACUUCACCUACAGACUGGGCAUCAUGGACAAGAACAAAGAUGCACGCGAACUUCGUUACACCAGCUGCCGGCUGGCAUUGCUCUCCGUGCUGCGCAGCUGGACGGGCACCCUCGAAUUCUGUGAUCCAAGCAAACCCUCAGGCCUAAAAGCAAUAGUCGACGCUUUAUAUUUAAAUCAGAUUGAAGUCAGAAAAGCAAUAUUGGAUUUGCUGUACGAGCUGCUGUCACUGCCGCAACCCGCCUGGACGGAUGACUAUGCGGUGGCACUGCAGGCAGUGGAUCCGUCGGACUUUCAGGACUCGUGGCUGCUCAGCAAUGGCUUCGUUUCCGCCGAGGGACGUUCGAUACUGCCCAGUCUGGCUGCCCGGGCACCGAAUGUCGUCGAACAGCAUUUGGCCCUGCUGCUGUACUGCUUCCUGGAGACGGGCCUGCUGAAUGCGCUCGUCGAGGUGGCCGUUGCCAGCGAUCAGUUCGUUUCGGUGCGCGCCACCGUCCUCAUUGGCAAGAUCCUACAGCUGAUGCACACACACCUGCCGCCGGACAUUUGCUGCACCUGUCCGGCCCUGCCCACGCUCAUUGGUCAUGCCACGCAGGGCAAUCAACAGGCCAAUGCGGCGGUGGCGGCGCUGCAAAACUAUCAGAAAAUGCUGCGCCAAAGGCCGGCAUCGUGCAGCCUAUUUCUGGACAGUAUUAUCCAAGGCGGAGCCCUCAUCCAGACGCGUCUAUUUCGGCGACACCUCAACGUGCAGGAGCAGCAGGGCCCCGCCCUGCAGCUACAGGAUACGGCUGCGGCAGCGGGCUCCUCAGUGCCGCUAUCGGGACAGCUGCAUGCCACCCUCGAUCGUCAGCGUCUCGAUUCGGUGUCCUCCAGCGAUGAGUCGCAAUCGCAAUCCUCAUCGAAUUCCCUACGUUCCAGCUUUCGAUUGAAACGCAAAUUCAUGCCGCAGGCACUUUUUGAUAAUUUUCGCGCCCUAAAUCGCCUGCUCACCGGCUCCCGUGUGCUAACCCAAACGGAUGCGAAUCUCUGGGACUGGGAUGUCAUCACCACAAUCCUAAGAUCAAAUUGCACUCGAAAGCUGGACUUUACGCUGGGCAAGUUCCUCAAGCGUUUGGUGGACUUUUACAAGCCAAGCAAUAAUCGAUUCUCGCAUCAGGAUCUGGUGCCAGGCCACAGCAUGCCAGCGUUUGUGAGUGCUGGUCUCGAUUUAAUAGAUGUACUUGUGGGCAGCAGACAGCUGGAAUGUAUGCGUUAUAUCACGGACUACUUUUCGGACAUAAGCCAACAUUUGCUGGCUGUCACCACAUCGAAUCGUGCCCACGAUUGCCUGUUCAGUCCACAGCACAUGAACAAUACGAUGUGCCAGCAGUAUUUCCUAUACAUUGGACGCAUGUGCCGCACACGCAAAGGCAUUGAAGUGCUCAAGAAUACAACUGUCUUUGAGUACUUGAUCACUUUGGUGCGUGUCACGGAUCAUGUGUGCUACGUGAAGCUGAUUGUCUCCGGCCUCAAUUACAGCUUCGAGAAGCUGCCCCGGCAGGUGCUGGAGAAGGCACUGACCUCGGCCAAGACGCGCAGCGGUCGUCUGUAUGCCACACAGUUUAUGGCCGUGCUGCUGCGUGCCCGCCUGCCGCACUUUGAGGUGUGGGGCAUACCACUGAUCAUACUCCAAACGAAGGAUGCCGAUCGCAGUGUGGUGCUGGCCGCCAUGGAGGUGCUGGAGGAGGCCUGCCAUGACAAGUACUAUCUGGAGGAGAUUGUCAGCCUGUGGCCGAACCUAACGCUGCGCGGUGACGUCGGCCGCCUGCUAAUGUCACGCUACUACUCGCUGUCGCGCGGCCUCAACAGCAGUCUGGCCCGCAUCGAGGAUGAGAUCAAAUACUGGCGCAAUGGCUACAACAAGCGUUAUGUGCUGCUGGUCGAGGCGGACACCCACUCCAGCCUCACGCUGCACAUACGCAACGAGGAUGGCUACUAUUCGCGACGCAACUGCAACCAGCGGCCCCAGACAGUGCCGCCGAACAUUGCACCCCAUCUGUAUGGACAAAUGGUGCAGACCAGCCAGGGCAUGACGGCGUUGAGUAAAUACGGAGAUCUGCCGCAGCUGCUCGACCUACUGACACGCGCCAAGUGCACGGACGAUGCCGAGUGUCUGGAACUGAAAGCGGCCGUCUGGGCACUCUCCCAUGCCUCAACACAUGCGAAUGGAAUUGAAUAUUUUGUGGAACAAAAUGCCAGACUCUAUGAGAAGCUGAUUGUUUUGGUGACCAAAUGCGAGGUGUAUUCGGUGAGGGCCACCUGUUUCAGUGCCCUGGGCCUCAUAGCGGGCACCCAAGCGGGCGCCAAUAUACUCUUUAAGCUGAAUUGGUUGAGUGUGCGGCAUGAUAGGAACACCAUGUGGCCCGUGCAUCAGCCAGAGGAUUGGAUGUCCAAUCAGUAUACGCCGGUGCGGCACUACUACGAGGAUGCGCCGCCCUAUAACUUCACAGUGCUGGAGGAUCAGAUCGAUGGCUCCUAUUAUACAGGCUCCUACUACUGGAAUCUGCUCAUCGAUCAGACGGAGCCCAUGGCAGGCAUCGGCACGGGGGCACUGCCAGGCACUGCCGGGGGCAACAUUCAAGAUCCAAAUUCAACCGCCACCACAACCACCAUGGACGAUGGUCAUGCCCUGGCGUUGCAUGUGAAUCGAACGCUGCCCGGAGCGGGGGCGGGCGCGGGAGUGGGAGCAGCGGCCAAGUCAAAGACCCUGCCGGAGGGCAGCAAUCUGCGUCAGGGCAAGCACCAGCGAUCGCUCUCCGAAUCGAAGACAACAGAUGUGAUUAGCCUGCUGGGCGGUGGCGGUGGCGGCGGAGGAGGAGGAGGAGGAGUAGGAGGCGUCACUGGCGGUGGUGGUCUGUAUCCCAUGCCCUACCAAACGCAACAGCAGCACCAGCACCGCAUACGGUACAACUCCUGCACGGACUCAAACACCUCGGGCGUGAGCAGCUGCGAAUCGGUAACGGGUCGAACGGCCGCAGCUGCCGCCGCUGCGGCGGCCAAUAUGAGCGAAUUGCAGCAAUUCCCGCUGAGUCCCAUACCCAGUAUGUCCAAUCUGCUGGAGAGCGAGGAGCUGAUGCGUCGCCAUACGCUGGCCACCAGCCAGAGCGGGACGGCUAACACCACCCUCAGUCCGAUGGCCAUGAAGGGCUAUGCCCAGCUGAGGGUGCUGCGCGCCCACAGCCGUCCCGUGCUGGAGACGGCGGCGGAGCUGCAUGACUUUAUACACAAGCAGGACUGGAGCUAUCCAAAGCCCAGGCUGAGCAAGGUGCGGCGACGCCUCUCUACGGGGGAGCUGAACGUGCUGCUGCCCACGCUGAAUGCCCCAAAAUUUCUGCAGCAGAACGAUAUGCAGGGGCCGUGCUAUGCGGGCAUUUGUCUGCCCAAGAAUGUGCUGGAUCUGUUCCCCACGCGCAAUCUCAGUCGCACGUAUGUGUCGCGUGACAUCCAGGAUCAGGACCUCAUGGGCAUCAAUCUGUUGCUGACGCAGCGGCUGCAGUUCCUCAACGAUUCGCUGAACAACGAGGGCGGCGACGAGUCCUCGGUUAUAUCAUCGCUCUCGGACGUUUCCUCGGCGAGUCGCCGCCAGCCACGGCAGUGGCAGCAGGGCGGCAAACAUGCGCGCAGCCAGUGCCUCCAUUGUGCCCGAUCGCCGCGACAGCAGCGUCAGGAUAGCGUUGGUAGCCAGAGCAACGGUGCGGGUGCGGGUGCGGGUGCAGGUGGUGGUGGUGUGACUUUGGCGCCCUGUGAGUUGUAUAGCAGUGCAGCAGCGGCUCUGGUGGCGGCUGGCAUCCAGGCCGGUCCAGUGCUGGCCAAAAAGAGCAGCAGCAGCAUUGGCGUUGGCGGUGGCGGUGGCUCUGGCCGGUUGCCGCUGGGCACCGACAUUAGCUUCCAUUCGCCGGAGAGCAUGCUGAGCGAGGAUAGCCUGCCGGACAGGCUGACGGCCUCCAUACUGUACAAUGUGCAGCGUCUGGCCAAUCCGGUCAGUGCCAAGCAAUCGAAGAUGGCCCUGCUGGAGCUCAAGCAGAAGCAUCCGCAUGCCUUUCAGGACAUUUGCCUGUAUUCCGAGUCGUGCAAGACGCUGGGCAGAAGCAGCUAUCGGAUGAGUGCGCGCCGUUUCCUGCAGGAGCUCUUCCUGGACCUCAACUUUGAUGCGUUCUAUGUGGAGCCGCAGCUGAUAAUUGGCACCCGAAAACUGCCCGCCGAGGAGAAGGCAGAGCCAACGCCACCAUCGGCCAUGUUGCUGGCCCACAAGACCCAGAUGAAGCCCAAGCCAGCGGCCCAGCUGGCCAGCGUGUACGAGACGAGCUGGGAGAAUCUGCUGAUGGAUCAGUCGCCGCGUAUGGUGGUCACCAAGUCACCUGCCACUGCCACUGGCACUGGCCAGCAGGCGGACCAACACCAGAUGAUGGCACACAAUCAGCUGCACAUCGACGACGACACCGAAGACACCCUGGGGGACAGCGAAGACGACGACGAGGAGGAGGAGGAGGAGGAAGAUGAGGACGGGAAAGAAAAAGACGAAGAGGAUCCUGGAGAGGAUGUCUGCGAUGGUAGUGGUGCUGGGACCCAGGCCAGCUCCGUGACCACCGCCCACACAGCCCUGCCCUGCCAUGGGAACAGCAAUCGAAGUAGCAUCUGCACGAUCAGCCAGCAGCCGGCGCCCCAGCUGUGCGGAACAGCCCCUGGAGGAGGGAGUGCCGGUGUGGCUGCAACGAAUCUAAGGAACGACAAUCGCCAGUAUACACGCGGACGCUUCUAUACGCUGGAGCUGGACCUCAGCUGCACCAAGAACAAGUUCCCCAUCAAGGAUCGUAGCAGGACAACGCCACCAAAGACAUCGCCGACGCCAGUGCCCCAGCUAAAGCGUCAGAUGAGUGCCGAUGCGGAGCCAGAUGUAGAUGCUGAUGCUGAUGCGGAUACGGAUGCUGGCGUUGUGUCGCCCGUGCUGGUGGCACCCGGCUGCUCCUCCUCCUCCGCCACGCUGGACUACUCCACGGUGACCAAGAGCCUGGCCGCAUCCAUGACAAAGCCCGUGGGCAGCCUGUAUUGCGAGAAGCGGUUGCAGACCUCCAAAUCGGAGGCGGUGCUCGGCGAUGCCAGAACUGGAGUUGGAGCUGGAGCUGCAACCGGAACGGCGGCGGCGGCGGCAGGCGGCAGCAAUGGCAGCGUCAAAUGGACAUCAAAGCGGGCCACAUCCUAGAGAGAGGCAGUCAGGCAGGCAGGCAGCAGCAGCCAGAAAAAAGAGACUCAAAAAGGCAAUCCCAGACGACGAAAUCCGGAUGUUUGUAAUAUAUCAAAUCAAAGAGGAACUUGUAGGCAUUAGGAAAUUAGGAAAUAGGCAAUAAGCAUAAAGCAUAGGGCCAACACUCCUAACGUAGCAACGUAAGUUAAUUUCUUUUAGUUUUAGUUACUGUCAUUUACGAUCUACGAUUUACGAUUAAUGCAUCCUAGGGUAUGAAUAUUUCUAUUAAAAUUCUUGUUUGACCUUAAGUAGACACGACAGACAGACUACACACACACAAACACACACACACACACAUGGAGAAAAUCCCAAAAAAUAUCGUAUAAUUUUCUAACAAAUUCAAACAUUAUGUAUUAUGUAGGAACACACACACACACACACA